AUAUUUAUCUCUCUGGUUUCUUUUCAGCAGCAACAAACCAAACAUGAACGCAUGCACUCUACCGACCAUCAAUUUCUGAACCUCAAAACCGACCUCAACAUACAAUACAAUCUGUUUCAGGAUUAGCUACCUCCAAUUCCUUUUUCUGGCAAUCAAUCAGUUGCAGUUGUGAAGUUCUGUGUUGUUGAGUGGCAUUGAGUCUGUGCGGCAGUGGACAUGGCAAUUCAUGGGGAGGUGCGAGUCUUUGUGUGGGGUCGCUGUGCUUGUGCCUGGCACAUUGGCUGCCGCAUAUCUAGUCCAAACUUGAAUUGACUAUGUGUUUUUCUGCUGGGGUGGUCAUGGCUGCUGUGAAGAUAAUUGCAAUUUGUCAGUCAGGAGGCAAGUUUGAAACUGGGCAAGAUGGUUGUUUGUCCUAUAAAGGCGGCGAUGCUCAUGCUAUCGACAUUGAUAACCAAAUGAACUUUAAUGACUUCAAGGCGGAAGUAGCAGAGAUGUUUAAUAUCAAUCUCUGUGCCAUGUCUAUCAAGUAUUUCCUUCCCGGGAACAAGAAGACUCUCAUUACAAUUUCCAAUGACAAGGAUUUGCAACGAAUGGCUAAGUUUCAUCAAGAUUCAAGUACUGUUGAUAUCUAUAUCCUUCUUGAAGAGGCACUUGCCAUUGAGGUUUCGAACAUGCCUGCCAGUAGGUCAAGCAGAACAACCUUGUCUGAAGCAGCAGAACCAGUCAAUACCAAUGAAAAUCAUGUUGCUUCUGAUGCUCUACUUGAUGUUGCUCACGAUACCAAUCAACCUGAUAUUGAUAUGGACAUUCCUCUUGAAGUCUCCCCCACUUUCGCUCUCUCCUCAAAUGAUGAGAAGUAUGCUAAAGGGGCGCAGCAAUGGCAGAAUACUAUCACUGGUGUGGGUCAAAGGUUCAGCGGUGUGCAUGAAUUUCGAGAAUCACUGCGUAAAUAUGCCAUUGCUCAUCAAUUUGCCUUUAAAUAUAAAAAAAAUGAUAGCCAUCGUGUAACAGUUAAAUGCAAAGCAGAAGGUUGCCCUUGGAGAAUUCAUGCAUCAAGGUUGUCAACUACUCAGUUGAUAUGUAUCAAAAAAAUGAAUCCUACUCAUACUUGUGAAGGGGCUUUUGGAACAACAGGGCAUCAAGCAACUAGGAGUUGGGUGGCCAGUAUAAUAAAAGAGAAGUUGAGAGAUUGUCCAAAUUACAAGCCGAAGGACAUUGUCAAUGACAUCAAGCAAGAAUAUGGAAUUCAACUUAAUUACUUUCAGGCAUGGCGUGGGAAAGAGAUUGCAAAGGAGCAGCUUCAGGGUUCUUAUAAAGACGCAUAUAGUCUGUUACCUCUCUUUUGUGAAAAGUUAAUGGAGUUUAAUCCUGGAAGUCUAGCUGUGUACACUACAAAGGAAGACUCAAGCUUCGAUCGUCUCUUUGUAUCAUUUCAUGCUUCGUUGUAUGGCUUCCAACAAGGUUGCCGACCACUCAUUUUCCUCGAUAGCAUCCCAUUGAGGUCAAAAUACCAAGGGGCUUUGUUAGCAGCAACAGCUGCUGAUGCAGAUGAUGGUGUAUUUCCCGUUGCCUUUGCCAUUGUUGAUGUUGAAUCUGAUGAUAGCUGGCAUUGGUUCUUGCUUCAACUUAAAUCAGUGCUGUCUACAUCAUGUCCCAUAACAUUCGUAGCAGACAUAGAGAAUGGGCUUAAAAAUUCAAUUCCUGAGAUAUUUGAAGGUUCAUUUCAUGCAUACUGCCUGCGAUACUUAACUGAGCAACUUUUUAGAGACUUGAAAGAGCAGUAUUCUCAUGAGGUAAAGCGACUCAUGAUUGAGGAUUUAUAUGCUGCUGCCUAUGCAUCCAAACCAGAAGGCUUUCAAAACUGUCUGGAAAGCAUUAAGAGGAUUUCCACAGAAGCUUACGAUUGGAUCAUACAAAGCGAACCGCAAUACUGGACGAAUUCACUUUUUCAGGGCACUAGGUAUAAUCACAUGACCGCAAACUUUGGGGAGCUGUUCUACAAUUGGGCCGCAGAUGCAGAUGAAUUGCCAAUAACGCAAAUGGUUGAUGUUAUUAUGGGCAAGCUUUUGGAGUUGAUUAUUGCCAGAAAGGCGGCAUCUGAUCAAUGGGAGACUAGACUGAGUCCAUCCAUGGAGGAGAAGCUUAAAAGGGAAAGUCAAAAAAGUCAUCCACUUCAAGUUAUACUAUCGACCGGUAGCACAUAUGAGGUUUGCGGUGACACCCCAACUGAGGUGGUUGAUAUUGAUAGGUGGGAAUGUAGUUGCAAAACAUGGCAGUUGACUGGCGUCCCGUGCUGCCAUGCCAUUGCAGUCAUUGUUGGGAUUGGCCAGUGUGUCUAUGAUUAUUGCUCCAGAUACUGUACAACUGAGAGCUACAGAUUAACCUACUCAGAGCGUGUAAAUCCGAUCCCAAUUAUGGCUGUGCCUGAAUCAAAAGAUUCUCAGCCUGUGGUAACUGUAACACCUCCUUUCACCCGAAGACCACCUGGUCGACCAGCUACAAAGAGAUAUGUAUCUCAAAACAUAGUCAAGCGUGAACUACAUUGCAGUCGUUGCAAGGGACUAGGCCACAACAAAUCUACAUGCAAGGAAUAAUUGUAGAGCUGUACACACACAGUUUCAGCCAAGGAUUGGUGUGGCUAAGGGGGAUCUGUAUAAUGCAUCUAACAGCUCAUCUGAAGGGACUGGAAAAUAAAUAAAUAGGAUUACUGUUUAAGUUAUGCAAUAUGCAAAGCCUUGUAGUUAUUUAGAAUUCGAUAUUUAUUUUGCAGGGGUAGGUACAAUACUGUAGCACUUGUAGUUAUGUUACGAAUCUAUGAAGUUUAAUCCUCUUUGCUUUGAGA